AUGGACGGAGCCAACGGCACCCCGUUGACGGAGUUCAUCCUCACGGGCCUGCCUCACCCUCCGAAGCUGAGGGUCUUCCUCCUCCUGUUCUUCCUGGCCACCUACAUCCUGACCCAGCUGGGGAACCUGCUCAUUCUCCUCGUCGUUUCGGGCACCCCGCAGCUCAGGGCCCGCCCCAUGUACAUCUUCCUGGGGGUCCUGUCGGUCGUCGACAUGGGCAUCUCCACCGUCGUCGUCCCCCGGAUCCUGACGACCCUCACGGCCACGGGCCGGGCCAUCUCGUACGCGGGCUGCGCGGCCCAGCUCUACGGCUAUCACUUUCUGGGCAGCACGCAGUGCUUCCUCUACACCAUCAUGGCGUACGACAGGUACCUGGCCAUCUGUCACCCCCUGCGCUACCCGGCGGUCAUGACCCGCCGGGCCUGCUCCGGGCUCGCGGCGGGCGCCUGGGCGGCCGGCUCCUUCCACGGGGCCAUCCAGGCCUCGCUGACCUUCCGCCUGCCCUACUGCGGCCCCAACGAGGUGGACCACUUCUUCUGCGACAUCCCCGCCGUGCUGAAGCUGGCGUGCGCCGACACCGCGGCCAACGAGCUGGUGACCCUGGUGGACGUCGGGGCGGUGGCCUCCGGCUGCUUCCUGCUGAUCCUGCUCUCGUACGCCCGCAUCGUCCGGGCCGUCCUGGCCAUGCGCACCGCCUCCGGGAGGCGCCGGGCCUUCUCCACCUGCGGCUCCCACCUGACCUUGGUCACCGUGUACUACGUGCCCUGCGCCUUCAUCUACCUGCGGCCCGACGCCGGCAGCCCGCUCGGAGGGGCGGCCGCCCUGUUCCCCACCGCCGUCACCCCCCUCCUCAACCCGCUGAUCUACACUCUGAGGAAUCAGGAGGUGAAGCAGGCCCUGAAGAGGAUGAUGGGAGAACGGAGGAGCGCGAAUGGGAUCUGA